CAGUCACGUUCCCGGGUGGAGGUCAGGGCCGGAAACAUCGACCCGGGACUCGGGUCUUCCGGGCUGUGGGAGCUGAGUUCCCAGGUCGGACACCGAAAUCGGCGAGAAGACGGAAGCGCGAGUUCUCGAGGCGAGGCCACCGGCUUCGGGGGCGGCCUCUGGGCCUGUUUUACAAAACCCAAGGUGGCCGUUAGGAUGGGGUGUGCCUGUAGCGAGGAGGCGGGGGGCAGGCGCAGAGAUGCAGAUCUUCGUGAAGACCCUGACGGGCAAGACCAUCACCCUGGAGGUCGAGCCCAGUGACACCACCGAGAGUGUCAAGGCUAAAAUCCAAGACAGGGAGGGCAUCCCGCCUGACCAGCAGCGCCUGAUUUUUGCCGGCAAACAGCUGGAGGAUGGCCGCACUCUCUCAGACUACAAUGUCCAGAAAGAGUCCACCCUGCACUUGGUGCCUCGCCUGCGGGGCGGCGUCAUGGAGCCCGCCCUCCGCCAUCUCGAAGCCACCUGCAGGCCCAGCGCCAUCAACUGCGGCGAGAAGCGCGGACACGCCACCAACCUGCGCGUCAAGAAGGUUCAAUAAGGCCCCUCCACCAUCUCCGAGGGCGCGGGGGCCGCGGCCUGAACCCUGUGACCCUGGGGCCUCAAUAAAGUUUCCCUUUCAGUGGCUGGAAAAAAUA